GUGCACGCGGAAAAAUGGCUGACGACUGCCAUGCCUAAUGCACGUCUCAAAAACUUUGAAAAAAGGAAGGAAAAUGGAAUUAUCUCUGGAUGAGGAAGAUGGCACUUUCACCAACAUUUCUUUGGCAGAUGAUUCAGAACGUCUGUCAGGAAGACUCUCAUCAAAAGUGGAAAGAGCCCGUCCUGCCAUGAUGAAUUCCGACAUGGAUGCUGUUGAGGCUGAGAAUCAGGUGGAAUUAGAAGAGAAAACACGGCUUAUUAAUCAAGUUUUGGAACUGCAGCACACACUUGAAGAUCUCUCAGCACGAGUGGAUGCUGUUAAGGAAGAAAACUUGAAACUGAAAUCAGAAAACCAAGUUCUCGGACAGUAUAUAGAAAAUCUGAUGUCAGCGUCUAGUGUUUUUCAAACAACUGACACAAAAAGCAAAAGGAAGUAAGGGUUGACUCACAGAUGAUGUCAUUGUAUUGCUGCUGUCUUUUUUUGUUUUAAUUGGCAUAGGCUACAUGAGCUAAAAUACCUUAGUUUGUGGCUUUACCGGAUACCUGAAGAGCAUAAACUUUGGUGAGAAACAGAAUUAAGAGCAUUAUCAUGAACAGGAGACAUAGGUUUGUGUAUUGUUAAGAUUAAGCAAUGUGCAAAUGUAGUGUAGAAACUUACUAAACUUUAAUACUUGUUUUAAAAAUGGGCAUAUCUUUGUUAAAAACUGGAUUCAGUUUGUCAGGUUAAACGAAAGUCUGUUGGCACUCUUUGAGGUCUUAGGGCAGCAUUCUCGACUAGCAAAAUAAUAGUUACAAUAUUGUGUUGAAACCUUAUUUGAUAAAAAUAAUCCGUCUAAUAUCAUCACCUUUUUCACCUCCAGUAUAUUUAGAUUACUGUAUAGUGCUGUUCAUAGCUCUGCAAAGCAACUUCAAACAAAAACCUAUAAACCGGUUAAGAAUUUCUCUGAAGUAAUAACAAUAUGACAUUAUUUGCAGGGUUUGUGUACAGAAAAACAGUUAAAACUUUUUGGGAAGGGGUAGGGUAAGGGAAGAGGAACAAGGAUAAGCAACUUGUGUCAGGGAAAUACCAAAUCGAUGCAGUAUCAGAGUGUAGUUUGUAAGAUGUACACCUCAGACCAUUUUCACUUUCCAAUUUCCUCAGAGAAUGAUCAGGCACAGCAUGACGAUGUAUCAUCUUCCUGAAGUUUUUCAGUUGUGAGAUGAAGAGGUUUUAUUUACAAAAACCUGAGGAAUAAGCUUUACAGAAACGGGUGGUCAGCAACGUUCCCCACGCUCCUUGUGAAGGACUUGCAGUGAGGAACUGAGAACAAGUCUUUCGUCGCCACCUUUUAAUUUUCCUCCUGAAGUGCCAAACUUGUCUUUGCUUCAGGCCUUAGAGCAACUGUUUUCCUGCCCCAGAGCCUGAGCUUGUGAAGUACCUCUUGAGGCGCUGCACAGAAACAUCUAAGGCAGAAGACUGCAGUGGAACAAAGGUGGCUUUUGCCUCGCCAAUCUCUGCUGCUCUGAGCAACGCCUAGUGUCAAGGUGCCCUGUUUUUUACUUCCUUGGCUGUUGGUGAGCAGGCUUUGUCCAGGAGCUCAGCCCAGAUUAUGGGUCUGAGCACUUCCUGUAGAGGCAGGAGAGUGUCUAAUGUAAUCAGUAUUAAGGGAGAGCAGAAACUGAAACAAACGACAUAAUUUUAGCAGUACUCAGUUGCAUGUUUCAUCUUGCCAUACAGCAGCGUUGCAGACUUAUUUAUGGAUGUUACCUAGAAGUGAGUUCUGUCUCUUCAGUAAUGAAGCCAUUGUAUACUUUACGUUUUAACAAAAGGAAACCAUUAGUUCAAGAAUGUCUUUUCAACCUUGCUGUGAUGAAUUCUGUAAAAUAGAGCCACAGGAACUGGCUGUAACGGUAGAAUAAAUCCCCCUCAAACCCCAGGUUUCUCGGCAGUUAAGUGCUGCUGUGUCCCAGGUGUCAGCUGGCACCGCGAGGGUUCCUGCUCCCAAAGGUGAGGGCUCCAGUUCCUCCCCAUUUAAGAUGAUGGGGAGAAUUUGCUCACUGGAGCAUCAGCAAAGAAAGCACUGAUAGUUUGGUCUCGAGGGCUGUUUACAAGUUUGAGUCAAGAAACCUGGUGAUGACAAAAGUUUUACCCACCAAGGCACAAGUGGCUGAUACCAUUUGUGCCAUGGGGUGCUGUAAACAUCCAAAUUUAUUUUUAAUCUAUGAACUAUACUCUCACUUUACUGCCUAUCUGGAACUCUAAAUUCAUCCAAGAAGUGCUAGCAGGUAGAGUAGAUCACUUGGUUAGCCCAGGGUUUGAGCAUUAAAAAGAAAAAACAAUCACACUAAGCACUUGACUUCUAAAGACUGCAUUGCAUUACAGCCAUCCUAGCUUUAAAGCCACAUCACUGCACAUCUCCAUCUGCACUGUAGGAGAUGGAGUGGUAACAGCAUGCGCUUGUUAGACAUCAGCUAUUCCCCAAGAUCAAGUUAUCUUAAAAUCAUGUUUGUAUUGUAAGAUUGGAUAGUGAUAUUUUAAUCCAUCGGUGUGUAUAUAAUAACCAUUUCAUCUAUAGACCAUUUUACAUCCCCACUACUGUGGCCUUCAUUUAACUUAUGAACAUUUUAAAGAUGUUGUAUUUCUGACUUUACACUAAAUAAAAACUUUUGAUUUGUCUCGAU